AUGGAGCUAGGGAAGCUUUCAACAUCUUCAAGUGUUGGUCAUAUUUUCUACUUUAUCAUCGAUGAAAACUCUGUAGACGAGCCUUCAACGAGUUCACAACGCUAUUAUUACGUAGUCUCUCACUCGCCUUCCUAUGUGGAGGCCUUCAAUUUCCUUUGUCAUUCUCUUUGUGAUGUUAAGGAUGAAGAGCGUUUGCGACAGUGGCAUCGAGCACAUUCUAAAGUUUUUGGGGCACUCCGUUUUGAAAUAUUUUACGGAAGAAUACUUGGGGCUCCCUGUGCACAGGUGACAGGAACCGAUGCUGAUACUUACACUAAUGGAAAUGGUUAUAACAAGAAUAAAAAUGAAAGAAUUGGCUGCAGCUCCGUGACCACGCUCUCACUUCCUGCGCUCUUCGCUGAUGAGGCGUCUGCGCGUCUUGCAUUAGACAAUCUCGAUUUGAAAUGUGAUAAGUUGUAUUCGAAGCAACUCGAAGAAGUUUCUGCAAGGCAGCAAAACAGCUGCACACCGGAAUCAAAGAAGCUUAAGAAUUUGAAUGAUCUUAGUCCUGAUGAUGUCGUUUCUCAGAUCAUAGAUAGGCCUUCUGUGCAUGAAAAGACUCACCAGAAAGCUUUACCAAGCGUAGAAACCCAAUGGCCUAACAACAAUGCCAGAGAUCUUAGAAACAAGCGUAAUGGCGUGCCCAAGAUGCCCCUUUAUGGGACUCGUGGCCCUGCCAUUGAGGCAAUAACACAGGAAGACCCUCCGAAACCCGAUACGCGUAGAAGUACUGCAGAGCUGCGUUCUAUGAUUAUGCAGCUAAAGCUGGCAUCAGAGGAAAAAUCAUACCAGCUUCAAAAAGAUGUUAACGAGAUGAAGGAACUCUUGCAUGACGGGCAAAACAGAAACGACAAGUUUUCUGUCCGAGAGAAGGGGUAUCAGGAAACGAAAAAAAGUCUUAAAGAAUUAGAAAAAAAUUAUGAAGUGACCGUCAAGGCAAUGGAAGCGAAAUUAAGCCAAAUGGAAAUUUUAUAUGCAACAGAGAAAGAAUCACAUGCCCUCGAUGCAGAACACUGGGAGGCUGAAAACCUGAGCCUUCAAGAGAAGCUGCGCGCUAUGAGCCAUGAGCACGGUGAAAAGCUCUAUAACAUUGUCAAGGAAAAUCAGCAAGCCAUGGAGAAGCUUAAUAAGCAGAUGCUUCAGAAAGAGGAAGAGCUGCGAUCCAUGUACGAGGACACGAUACAAGAUCGUGAUGUUCGUCUAGCACAACUAUCAGAAGAGCUUAUGAAGGCUAAACAUCAAGCUUUUCUUCUAGAGUCGAAAUCAAGGGUGCGCCAAUCCAGACAUAAGGAAGUUGAGCUUACUAAUUCCAUCAAAAAUUAUCAAUACCCAAUAGAACAGAACAAGGACCACCAGAAAAAGCCUCACUUCUCAAAGGAUGAGAUUAAUGCAACGCAAAAUCAGUUUACUUACUGCAAGGCAUGUAUGUCUACUAUAGAUGCAGCUCACGAACAGAAAAAUAGAUUAAUUCCAUCACUAACACCAACCCAAAGAGAUACACUUAAAAAAGAAGUCUUUGCUGGAAUGCAUAGUUCCUCUUCUCCAUAUCCUCAUGAAAAGGCCAUCGUACCAUCAAGCCUCCACGCAAAUGCAGCUCAUUUAGAAGAAAAAUACCAGCAAUUAGAGAGUAACUACACUAAUCUUUUACAGGAAAAAAAAACACUCGAAAUUACGCUUUAUAACACCGAAUGCACAGUAGCUCAACAGCAAAUCGAACUUCAAAACGCAUCAUAUCUAAUAGAAUCUUUAAUAAAAGGACUCGACAACGUUAAAGCAGAACUACCAAUGAUUCAAGAGAGGAAUUAA